AUGGACUUGUCUAUUCCGUUUUGAACAUCAUGAAAGUGACACCACCUGCACGCUUGUCAAAUGUACGACACAGUUAGUCAGUGUUUUUCAUGAAUAUCUGGUUCACGAGGCACUGUUCAAUAGAAAUCUGUUUCCAAAUUCUCAUCCGCUUCCUGAGGGAAUAUCGACAACUCCUUGGAGAUAUCAGUUGAAUCUUCAGAAAUAUGCAGAGACAUUUUUAAUGAUUACUCGCAAGUUUAGUAUUGAUGAUAAUCCAGAUGCGUUUCUUGAGAUGGUGCUUGGCUUGAAGACGGAAAACAUGUGCGUGUAUGCAUUCUGUCUGUUGCGCCUGAUACAGUCGAUGCCUGCGAUUAAUACGUGGAUACGUAAAAUUUUGGACAGAUUGGCCAUUUUAUAUUAUAUAAAUGCGAAAGCGUACACUGCCGUACUUGAUGAGUCUCUGAAGAGAUUGUCUCCGACCGAUGCGAACAAUUUUCUGAGCCGAUUACGAUUGGUCAAUGAGCAAAAUUUGAAAAUGAAAGUGGAUGCAACCAAGCAGCCGAUAGAUAUGAUUUUGCGUGAACUUCUGUGCGGGAACCGUGCCAUUGGUAAUCCAGAACACCUGCUCAGGUUUGAAGAAAGAACCGUUCUAACAUGCAAUGAGAUAAUAUCGGCAUGGAAAACAUGGAGUUCGACGAAUCCAAAAAUAAAGAUAAAAACAAAUGUGUUGGCAAAAAGCGAUCCUACCAAAAUGGUCGUCAAACCAGCCAAUAAAAGUCCCAUUGCUCAGUGGCAAUACAGAGCUCCCCAGAAACAGAAGAAGCAAGCCGGUACACGUGUCAAUCCAGAUCAAAAUACUCCCUCUUCUCAAUCAAGACAAAACCCAAUUCAGGGGUUGCGGACAAUGCGUCAUUCGUACCAACCUGCGCAGAAUUCUCAAAAUUAUCCAAGGCAAUACAAUUCAGGUGUACAACAGUACAUGUCGUCAUACACUCAAUCCCCUGGAUACAGUUCCGGGGAUUAUCAAUGUCCUGUUUCUAUCAAUUCAUCACAGCAAAAUGCAAAUCAAUGGAAUUCAUCAAUGCCAUUAGCCGCUAACUCAUUACCACCGAGAACCAUUGUUAAUCAACAGAUAAUGCCUCCAGUAACUGGCUACACCUCGAGGGCCCCAAGUCACUGGGGGGUAGUGCAUUAUUCCGGUGGGCAUGCACAGAAUCCCUCUUUGCCAUACAUGCCAAUGGCUUCAAUUCGGCCUACACAAGGCUACAAUCGUGAUGAUGUCUAUUGCCACACGAGGCAGUACCCUCAAAUAGCACCUAUGCCUGCUCCGCACUUCGUUCCAACAUAUCGGCAGGAAGCUGACCGGUCUGGGACAUUGACGCAGGCUACCCCUCACGCAAAAUCUUUAGUACUUAUUCAAGGUCUAAACGUGAACCCCGAACCUGUCGGCUCUGUCCAGAGACAACAUACUCCCACAACAAUCUGUGCACCGAGAUAUAUACCAAAGCAAAUAGUUUAUAGUAGUCAGUCGAUCAACCGUAAUAAUCAACCGCAGAUGUGCGCGCCUCAGCUUACAACCGUUACUACAGCUGAUCCAUCACCAACUACCCAGCCUUGUAUGAUUAGGGACUUGAUAGCCUCAACAUAUGCCAAUUCUCGUCAACCCAAUGAAAACGUGCCAUUGGCUCUACCAGUGCCUCUGACGGCCGCAUGGUACAGCAACAAUUCCUACCAACAAAGAGAAAACAUGCCAUUGGUUCAGCAGGUACCGCUACCGACCCCAACGUACAUCGACAAUUCCUAUCGACAACGAGAUAGCGUUCCAUCGACCCAAGUAGAAUCUGCACAACCCGUUAUUUCUUUAGUGGCCGGUACUGCCGAUAAAGAUGUUGAACCAGCUACUUCUACUACUGUCAAUGUUUCCACGCCUUCGUCAAGCGAGACACUAACUCAAUCUGCAGAAUUCUACAUUAAUCGCUUAGCGUCUUGUAUUGAGCAAAUGAGUAAACAGGGAAUAACAUUGCCUGUGGAUUUACAGAAGAAAGUAGCCUCGCUGAAAGAUCGUCAACCCUGUGAAGAACCGGACUUUGAUAGUACUCAUUUAGGCAUUAUUGCAAAAGCGUUUCAAGCGAUGGUACCGGUAAUGGAGAAUAUUACGAAUCUAUCGUUAAACGCUGUCAAACCGAUGAAGGAGGCAAUCGAGGUGAUCGAAAUUGAUGAUGAUGAUGAAGUGAAGGUUGAAGUGACCGAAACAACUGUCAACAUCGGCGAUUGCCAGUCCCAGACUUUAGAUGAGAUUCAAUUCCCUCCGAACCCGUAUGAACUUACCGAACCUGUUGGUUCCGAAUUGACCGAGUCCAAUGAUUGUGAUGACAUUGAAUACCAGUGUAUCUGCGGUAAGAAGGCCCAUGUUCGUUGUAGGUGCAAUGCGGCGAUUUAUUGUUCGGAAGAAUGUCGUUUAGCUCAAAUUGAGGAGCAUAGACCCACGUGCAUGUUAAAUUUGGGCGGCACCAGUCUCUAUAAGCUAUUGGGGCCCAGAUAAAAUUUUUUUUUAUUUAGAUGUCAGAAUUUUAUAUAAGAGUCUACCAGAGCUGAGAAUUUCCUUUACUUUAUUGCCUGAUUAAUGUUAAGUUAAGAUGCACGACGGUCAAUUCACCAUGAUCUCAAUAUUCCAGUUAUUACUAUCAAAGUAUUAUUUUGUGAUUCAGCAUUUUGAAGAAUGGCUAUACGCAAUAAUUCGUUUUGAUUUGAUUUCUUUUACAUUGUUCUGCAUU